AUGGCUUCACGGUGGAAUUGGUGGACUGUGUUGACUAGACCAGGAUGUGUUCCGCAUAACAAUGUCUUAAGAAAAGCUGACACCUCGAUGCAUGAUCCAUAUCGUGAACGAAUACCAGAGCCAGGACGGCACUCAUCGUUCAUCCUCAACCACAUCGUGAGUCGGCCGAAGAAGACAGUAUUCAAUCGGAGUGUCACGAAUGCCACUAUGAUGUCAACUGCAAGUGCUUCAGCUCCAUCACUAGUUCCUUAUCUGCUACAGCGUCAGCAUAUGCGUGGUCAGAUCGAGAAAACUGCAUGGAGACCUGAACGAUCCACAUGCACUUCUGAAGGCAACUUUGCGCUCUUUACUCUUUGA